UUGUACUCCAGUGACAACUGACAAGUCUCAACAAAUUUUUACUUAUGAUUGUUUUACCUGUGGUUUUACAUUACUCUUUAGUCUGUGAUAAAUGAUAAUUUAAUUUAUUUACUAAUUAGUAGGUAUACGAGUAUAGGUUACUAUACGGUACACCGGGUACACUGUAAUUUUUUAAGUCGUGUAACAUACUCUCAUUAACGUGUGUAAUUACUAAACAAAUACAAUUUUAAUGCAAGAAUUUGAACGUCUGUUGAGUCAUUAAUAUUAAUAUAUCGGUGGUUAUCACCGCUAUAUUCGACAUUUUUUUUUAAAAUAAAUUCUAUGUUAUUGACGAGUUUUAUAAUUAAAUAUUUUUCAUAAUAAUUCAUUACAUCCAAAAAUUAUCAUAUUUUUUUUACCAACCAGGUGUCAUUAAAAUUUUGGUUUUUAACAUUUUGUACAUUUCAUCACAAUAUAAGAUGAGUAAUUUGGCAACUACAUUAUUGACACCAACAAGACGUUCUACUCGUAUUAAAUCGGUUGAUGAAUCAACUCCUAAAAAAUCAUUAAGGUCAAACAAAAACAUUGAUUAUUUAUUAGAAUUGGACAUUGAUGGUUGCAAAAUUAUACCUCAACAAAGUCCAAAAUCUAUGAAAAUAAAAACCAAAACUCCAACAGAAAAUUUAGAUAAAAAUGAGGAAAAUACAAGAAAAAUCAAUCAGAUAAUUCAAUUAAAAGAAUUAAAAUUAAAUAUAAAACGUAUUGAUGAAACAAACUACAUUUCUAUUUUGUCACCCAGUGCAUUUAAAACAAAUCCAAACUCUCAAGAAAACAAAGUACCUGAAAGGGAAAAUAAUUCGGCUACUCCAAAAAGAAAUAUGAGAAAGUCUACAAAGUGGAAUUUACGAAAAGAAAACAAUGUUAAUGACUUAAUAGAUAGAAUUUUAGAUGAUGUUGAUGGAGAAGAUGACAUUGCCGAUGAUAAUAUUUUUCAAACUCCCAAAAAAAGUUCACGUAAAAAAUCUGUAAGUUCAUGUAAUAAACUGGAUUCGUUGACUCCCAUUACUCCAAAACGUGUGAGAAAAUCGGUCACACGAUUUGGUGACACCGUGGAUUUAGACCAUUUAGAUAUUGAUGAAAAAACUCCGGAUAGUAAACAAAAACGUAGAAAGAAUAUUACGGAGCUAACAGCCGACAGUGAUGAUGACAAGGAUUUUGAAGUUGAUAUUUGGAAAACGCCUGUGAAUAAACGUUUGCGACAGUCUAUGACACCUACUACUCGUUCUGGUUCAAAAUCAUGCAGACGAAUUCUACAAGAUAUACCAGAAUAUGAUUUGAUUUCAACUCCUAAAACUCCAAAAAAAACUCCGAAAGCUCAUGUAAAGUCAUUGAUAGCGUCAGCCAGCAAGAGAUUAGAUAGCGGUGCAAAAGUUCCUUGUAGUCCCUUGGAAAAAGCUAGAGCAAAUUUACAUUUGCAUGCAGCUCCAAAACAUUUACCAUGCAGAGAAACUGAAUUCAAAUCUAUCCGUUCGUUUUUAGCUAGAAAAAUAAGUGAUGAAUUAACUGGGAGUAUGUAUAUAAGUGGAGUACCCGGUACUGGUAAAACUGCAACAGUCAAAAGAGUGAUAGAUUCAUUAAAUACUGAUUUGAUGAUGAAACACUCGUUCAAGUUUAUUGAAAUCAAUGGUUUGCGAUUGGCUAAUCCACAUCAAGCAUUUUCAGUAAUUUGGAAAGAAUUAACUGACCAAACGGUUUCUACAGCUCGAGCGCAAGCUCUACUUAAUGAUUAUUUUUCUGGUAAACAAGCCAGAGAAGUAUCGACUAUCUUAUUGGUUGAUGAGGUUGAUCAUAUAUGCAAUAGAAAACAAGAUGUUGUGUAUAAUAUACUUGAUUGGCCUACACGAAUGGGCUCUAAGGUGGUUGUAAUUACCAUCGCUAACACAAUGGAUUUACCUGAAAGAGUUUUAAGAGGUUGUGUGACUAGUAGAAUGGGAUUAACAAGAUUAGUAUUUAAACCUUACACAUUCCAGCAAUUACAAGAAAUAAUAAUGAAUAGAUUAGUUGGUAAUUCGUCAUUUGAUCCUGAUGCAGUACAAUUAGUUUCCAGAAAAGUAGCAGCUGUGUCUGGUGAUGCUAGACGAGCUUUAGACAUAUGCCGACGAGCUAUAGAUUUAGUUAAUAGUGAAGAUGGGUCUCAGAUGAUAUCAAUUAGUCAUGUUAAUAAAGUAUUGAAUUCAAUACUCUCUGGUCUACGUGUAACCGCUAUUAAGUAUUGUAGUCUCUUUGAACAAUAUUUUCUUAGAGCACUUCGAGAUGAAACAACCAGAACGGGUGUUGAUCAUAGUACAAUUGAUUCUGUUUAUAUUCAAAUGAAAAAUAUUUGUCUGCUUGAAGGCGAAGAAUUACCCAACGACCAACAAGUGAUAAUGAUGGCUUAUAGGUUAAGAGAUAACGGUUUAAUUUUUCUCGAAAAGAAACGUUGGGACAUUUUUAGGAAAGUUUCACUCAAUGUCAGCCCAGAAGACAUAAGUUAUGCUUUAGAUAAGUAUAACCAAUAACAGAACAUUUUAUAGAUGAUAUUUUUUAUGUGAUUUGCCUCAAACUUUAUAUAGUAUUUUCUUUUUAUACAAUCUUUUUUGUUUAUGUAUUGUAAUAUUCAGUUUUUGAAUCAAACUUUUUAAUGCAUUUUUUAAACGACCGACUGAUUUUUUUUUGUGACACUAUUUAGUAUUAAAUUAAAAAUAUAGAAGUUAUUGCACAAUGCAUGUUAUAACUUUUAAAAAUUGGUUGAAAUUUUAUAAUCAAAUAUUGAUUUCAUUCCUUAGUAUAUUUGAAUUAAAUACAUUUAUUUUUAUUGUUUUUUUUUAAAUUAUUUUUAAGAUGUUUUUAACUUAUAACAGAAAUAGGGCGAUUACAUUA